UUUCCCGCUCGGACCCCGGAGAUGUUUUCCUCCGUCCUUGUCCUUGUCCUGGUCCUGGUCCUGGCUGCUCCGGUCCUCCUGACCCCGUCGGCCUCCCACCAGUUACAGGUCAGAGGUCAAAGGGCACCCAGGGACACCAGGCAGGACUCCAUCAAGGUGGUGAUCUCAGAAGGCUGCGUCACUCAGGGGGAGUCGUCCGAUGUCACCCGGGGAGGUAAAGAGAUCGACCUGACCCCCGGAUCCCCUCUGAUCCUGACCCAUAAGAUCAACCUGGUCCCGUCGGGUUCGGGGUCCGGGUCUUGUGGUUGCGAGGCGGACCUCGCCGCCCUGCGUGAGCGCCUCGAGAGGCUGGAGAGGGAGGUGUCGUCCCUCAGGGAGAAGUGUGGAGGACCUGAGGGAGGCUGCUGCACCUCCAAGGAGAGCAAAGCAUUUCUGAUAGACCAUCUCCAGAAAGGAGACCACCUGCUUCUUCCCCUCUGCACACCAUUCACCCCGAGGUUACAGAUCCCAUUUAUCUCACCUGCCAAGGAGCAAAAGAAUGUGCCAGGGAGAUGGUUUACGUUGGGUCCGGUCAUGCCGUCCUCACACUGGCUGCAGUCCGCUCCGGUGAACCCUCGCCGGCAGACGCAGCGCCCUUUGACGCACCGCCCCUUGUUGUUGCAGUUACCGGGACAACCUUUGGCGGCGCAGUCCGGCCCGGCAAAGCCCACGUCGCAGGCGCACACCCCGUUCACGCACUUCCCGCGGUUGCUGCAGCUGUUGGGACAAGCUUUGCCGGAGCAGUCCGGUCCGCUGAAUCCAUCGUCGCACACACACUCUCCGUCGAUACAGCGCCCCCUGCUGUUGCAGUUCCCAGAACAGGCGGUCUCGGCGCAGUCCUCACCGGUGAAGCCGCUGUGGCACACGCAUUUGCCGUCCACACACCUUCCGCGGUCGCCGCAGUCGUUAAGGCAAGAUCUUUCAGAGCAGUCCGGUCCGCUGAAUCCAUCGUCGCACACACACGCUCCGUCGAUACAGCGCCCCCUGCUGUUGCAGUUGCCAGGACAGGCGGUCUCGGAGCAGUCCGCACCGGUGAAGCCGCUGUGGCACACGCAUUUGCCGUUAACACACUUCCCGCGGUUGUUGCAGUCAUCCGGACAGGCCUUCUUCUUUGAGCAGUCCUUGCCGGUGAACCCAGGUUGGCACACGCACUCUCCGUUGACGCAGCGCCCCCUGCUGUUGCAGUUGCCAGGACAGGCGGUCUCGGAGCAAUCGGCGCCGGUGAAGCCGCUGUGGCACAAGCAUUUGCCGUUAACGCACUUCCCUUGGUUGUUGCAGUCCUCCGGACAGGCCUUCCUUGAGCAGUCUGGACCGGAGAACCCAGGUUGGCACACGCACUCUCCGUCGAUACAGCGCCCCCUGCUGUUGCAGUUGCCAGGACAGGCGGUCUCGGAGCAGUCCGCGCCGGUGAAACCGCUGUCGCACACGCAUUUCCCGUCCACGCACCUGCCGCGGUCCAAGCAGUCAUUUGGGCAAAUUCUUUCAGAGCAAUCGGGACCGCUGAAUCCAUCGUCGCACACACACUCUCCGUCGACACAGCGCCCCCUGCUGUUGCAGUUUCCAGGACAGGCGGUCUCGGAGCACUCUGCACCGGUGAAGCCGCUGUGGCACACGCAUUUCCCGUCCACGCACCUGCCGUGGUUGCUGCAGCCGUCGGGGCAGCCUCUGCGCGAGCAGUCGGGACCGGUGAAGCCGGGGUCGCACAGACACCGUCCGUCCACGCACCGGCCGCUGUCGUUGCAGUUUCCGGGACAGCUGGUCCGGCUGCAGUCGGGUCCGCUGAAACCGGAGAAGCAGACGCACUUACCGUCCACGCAGCGUCCCUGGUCGCUGCACUCGUUGGGACACUCGUCCAUCUCAGGCUUGAUGGAGCAGCCUGCACCUGAAGCAGAAGGGACAGACGCGUUAAACAAGGGAGACGACACACAGAGACACGUCUUACUCCCGCUACCCCUCAUCUUGUCCUACGGGGUCCUAGAGACCCCUCCUGCAGUCCCGCUACCCCUCAUCUCGUCUUACCCGGUCCCAGAGACCUCUCCUGCAGUCCCACUACCCCUCAUCUCGUCUUACCCGGUCCCAGAGACCUCUCCUGCAGUUGAACGUGUUCCCACUACCCCUCAUCUCGUCUUACCCAGUCCCAGAGACCUCUCCUGCAAGACCUCUCCUGCAAUCCCACUACUCCUCAUCUCGUCCUACGGGGUCCUAGAGACCCCUCCUGCAAUCCCACUACUCCUCAUCUCGUCUUACCCGGUCCCAGAGACCUCUCCUGCAAUCCCACUACCCCUCAUCUCGUCCUACGGGGUCCUAGAGACCCCUCCUACAGUCCCACUACCCCUCAUCUUGUCCUACAGGAAGGAGAGUGACCCGCAGAUCCGCGUGCAGGUGGAGGGCGGCCUGACCAGCUACACCCAGACGGGCCUGGCAGCCGGUCAGGAUUACACCGCCAGCGUCACCGGGGAGGUCGGCGGCAAGAGGGGGGCCGAGACCUCCGCCGAGUUCAGCACCCUCAUCUUUGGUCCCACCAACCUUCGAGUCGUCAAGACGACCUCGACGUCUGCGGUGGUCCAAUGGGAGCCGUCCCAGGGUGAGAUCGACCGGUACCGUUUGACCGUCGCGCCCAACGACGGAUCGGGGAAGAGUCAGGAAAUGACGGUCCCAGCCGGCCAGGACUCCGCCCACCUCCAGCAGCUGGUGGCGGGGCGUGUGUACGACAUCACCCUGGUGGCGGAGAAGGGCGCGAGUCAGAGCAAACCGGCAACCACUCAGGCCACUCCAGGGAAGACGUUACCAAGGGUUGCCAUGGCAGCUUCAACCAUGCAGGUCCCACUAGCACCUGGACAAAAUAUCAGCGAUGGAGACCAAGAGUUGAACCCAGCGCUUGAAGUCUUUGACCAACAGAGUAGUAGGGAGGAUGGGAGCGAGUCCGAUGGACCGAAUAGACACUCCACGAGCUCUGUGACUGCGAGAACUAAACCUCUGUUCAGCAGAAAGAUGCCGGUGAAUGGCACCAAGCUCAAAGUUGCUGAAAGGCCCACGUUGUACAGGAAACCCAACGGCACUCUCCGGUUUAACACAACCAGAGUUGUGCCUGGGUGGCGAAACGUUGGCCAAGGAUCUUUGAGAAAGUCCCCAGUGGGGCAGAAGAAGAAAGAACCAAUGUUACCCAAAAAACCUAAACCAGGUGUCCCCACGAGCGAAGGCAGGACAACAGCUUUGCAUGAAAGAGAUCCGAGUGUAGACGCAUUGAGCACCAGGAGGAGGCAUGAUGAGAACAAAGCUUUGUCUGCAGUGUCUGGGACCGAUUCAGAUACAUACAGACAAAGUAGCUCGGAGGAACCAAUUGUUGGCGUCGACUCCGAAAGGCAACCAGAUGUUGGCGUGGCAGGCCAAGAAAACCACACUGCUCCAGUGUCUCCAGGGCCAACUGGGACCGUUCAAAGCCAAGAGAAGAAAUGUAUGAAUAAAGUCAAAGUGACGCACAUCAGAUUACCCCAUCAGGGCAGAGGCAGCGGGUGUAAAGGGGAUGGCACAGAGCUGGUAAGAAAGACAGCGGGUUCAGAUCAAGGCUCCUCCGAAACCGAUGAUUUGAAACCCUCGUCUGCAGAGACGGACCUCGAUUACACACCAGGUCCUUUACAUAAACUACUGAAGGACACUUUUGACGGUUUGAAUAUCAAGACGUUUUCUGUUCACCUGUCCGAACCAUCAAACCUUUCUCUUGAUGCAGAAACAGUGAGGAAGCAGAUCAUAAGUGGACUCAAGCCAUUGCCACCAUCCUUUUCCUGGUCAUCAUCAUCUUCUUCAUCAACCUUACAAUCCCCCUCACGUUCAUCAGCUAAACCAACAUCCUCCUCAGUGCCAUCAUCCCCAUCUUCGUUAGCAUCACCUUCACUUGCUCCAUCUUCAUCAACAGCGCCAUCAUCACUAACAUGGUCAAUGGCGUCACCCUCUACUUUACCGUCCCCUCCAUCAUCAUCCUCCCUUUCCAGCUCAGAUAAAUCAGGUUCAGUUGGAAGCAAUGAACCAGAUGUGGAUAACAGCCAAAGUGCGACUGAUGUUAAAUCACCUGAAGACAUGAAACUAACGUCCUCAGAAAAAGGUGGCGUACAUCUUUUCCAGCGCACGCCGUCGAAACACGGGUACGUACGUCGCCCGGGUCCAAACGCUGGACUAUUUCAGAACAAAACACGUCUAAAUCUGAGACUUCCUCACCAUUUGACUCCUCGUUUGAAUCUCAUCCCUAGAAGAGAGACGGAGACCGGUCCUACGUCUACAAAUGAAUUGUCUUCUUCACCGUCUUCAUCUGAUUUAGAGGAUUCUUCCACAGUUGAUGUAAGCGCAUCCCUGAGGAAUACGAGUGGAGACAAAGAUGGCGCAACUAAACCCUCAUCCUCUGGAGUUCAACAAAACCAGGAAAAGAUGCCAACAGAAAGAGGACGAUUCCCAGUUCGCCGUUUUCCUGGAUACUUGCAUCGUCCAAACUUGGGACCACUACAGAACAAGACCCGUCCAAAUUCGAGCCAGCUGCCUCCCCCCUCUCGGCCUUUGAAUCCUGCAUCAGAAACAAGGAGACAGCAUGUAUCUUCCACUGAAGCAACAGUCACUUUAUCUUCUGUUGCCAAAGAAUCCCAUUCAGCUGAAGGUACAGCGCCAAAGGAAGGGGAGAAUGAAGACAGAGUUGUGACAAGCAUGUCCACUAAGUUCAACCAGACCCUCAGAAGAAGUGAAGCGUUUUCCACCCAUCGCCCAACUACCAAAGCUAUGGGGUCAAAGGGGACUUAUUUCCGUCGGUCGCAGCUGUCUGAUGGACGUUCCCAAAACAAAACCCGGACAAACUUAAGACCACCUCAACAUCCACAUAGAGGUCCCAUGCGCAAGCCUUCCCCAGCCAGAAAGCAAACUGGAGGCAUUACUGUUGGAAGUCAAAUUAGCCAUUUAGAAAAGGAUAGCACCCUUGAAAUCCCAGAUGACCAAUCAGGAGGGCAGGAUGCCCUCAUGCCUCCUCAAGGAGUCCAAAUUAGACGAUUAGGUGAGCAAGGCCAAGACACUGCCGUCAGACCACAGACUAACAAAUUAGAAGAGGGGGACGGUGCCCCAAUCCAAACUACCAGAUCUGGGGAAGAAGAGACAAGCACCCUAGAUUCAAAAGCUGACUCUGACACCCACAAAGAUGGAGUCAAUGCUGGCAAACAUCCUGGAGCUACAAGUCGAGGUAAACCAACUCUUAAACAAACAUCUGAUUCAAGACAUGGAGACCCAAGAUCUGUCAAACUUCCAAAGAGACAACCACCUACACCAACAAGAAGUAUGACCGCACAGAAUCCCACCCGGAUAAGACACCCCCACAACGGUGGGAACACAAGGACAGAGGACAAAACCAGAAAUAUUGCAAAAAAGUUGUUUGAGAGUAAAACUGAGAGUAUUGAUUCUCAACUUCAGAUGGGAUCAGAUGGUCCUUCUUCGAUAGUCACAAGGGAACCUCUGGACUAUGUGGGAGUGACAAACCGGACAUCAGAUGGAUUUACGCUCGUGUGGGACUCACCCGAAGACAAGUACAAAAACUUUGUUGUCACAAGCAAAGACAUUGGGAAAGACGAAGGCCCAAAAAAGGACAGCAAGAAAGAUCAAGAAGAAGAAGAACAAGAAGUCUCAAGGAAGGAGGCAAAAGAUCAUGAAGAAGAACAAGAAGACUUGAGGAAAGAGGCAAAAGAUCAUGAAGAAGAACAAGAAGACUUGAGGAAAGAGGCAAAAGAUCAGGAAGAAGAAAAAGAAGAUUUAAGGAAAGAGGGUGGCAAUGAAGAGGAGGAAGUUACGCAACAACCAACCAAAGAAACUCAUUCAGAAAAUGGAAGCAGUGAACAUGAAAACAAAGUACCUGAAAGCGUCUCCAUGCCAGUUCCAAGGAUCCAAAGUGGCUCAACAGCCAAACCCGUAGCAGGAACUGACAACACCUUCAAAAAAGUUAUUUCUGGUUCAUCUCGCUCGUUCCAGUUUGAGAAUCUGCCUCCUCAGACCGAGUACACCGUGACCUUGCUUGGAAAGGGUCCUGGUCUUCUCUCCAGACUGCACAAGCUUGUCAUCAGUACAGGCCCGGAGCCUCCGACCGACAUCGCCUUCAGCGCGGUGACAGAAAACUCUCUGACGGUGUCGUGGACCAAACCCAAGACCCCCAUCAGUGGUUUUAAGGUCACCUACACCCACACAGACCACGGUGAGCCGGUGUCUGUGACCGUGGACUCGGGCGACUCCACCCUCGGCCUAUCACAGCUCUCGCCUGGUUCUUCCUACGAGGUCAGCAUCAUCUCCAUCCUCGGAUUGGACGAGAGCGAUCCAAUCAAAGACUCUGUCAUGACACUCCCCGACCCGCCCAAAGACCUCCGGGCCGUGAACGUCACAGACACCAAGGCCUUGUUGCUAUGGCGUCCAGCGCUGGCCGCCGUCGAUAAAUACGCCAUCGUCUACGGCUCGGGGACAGACGCAGAGUUGAGGAUCACGGUGUCUGGAAACGCGGCGGAGCAGCAGCUCAGCGGCCUGGACGGCUCCACCACCUACACCGUCACCAUCAGCAGCCUGCUGGGCAGCACCGAGAGCUCGGGGGCCUCCACCAGCUUCACCACCACCGGGGGCUCUGGGAGAGGGGGGGGCGGUCCCAGCGAUCUCCAGGCCAACGACGUGACCCCCCGCACCGCUCUGUUGUCAUGGAAACCACCCUUAACCCCGACGGUCGGCUACAGACUGACCUAUCAGACCGAAGGUCAAGGGCCAAAGGAAGUGGUUGUGGACGCCUCGGUAACCGAGUACAACCUGACCAGACUCCAGCCCGGGUCCAAGUACGUGGUGCAGCUGCAGGCGGGGGCGGGGGGGCGCUACACGGCGCCCAUCUCCACCCACUUCACCACCGGCACCCUGAAGUUCCCCUUCCCCUCUGAUUGCUCCCAGGAGCUGCUGAACGGCAUCAGGACCUCCGGCGAGGUGGAGAUCUUCCCUCAUGGAAAACUCGGGACGCCGAUGAUGGUUUACUGCGACAUGGAGACGGAUGGGGGAGGCUGGACGGUCUUCCAGAGGAGGACGGACGGCUCAGUGGACUUCUUUAGAGGGUGGAAGGACUACACUAAAGGAUUUGGUAGUCUGAGUGGAGAGUUCUGGCUGGGCCUGGAGAACCUGUACAACCUGACGGCGAUGACCCCCAUGAGUCUACGCGUGGACCUGCGAGACAAAGGUGACGCGGUGUUCGCCAAGUACUCGACCUUCGAGCUGAUAAAGAGGAACUACAAACUGAGCGUGGGCGGAUACAGCGGCACCGCAGGUGGGAGGACACGAGGCUCGGCUGGCGUGUGGUUUCAAAACGCUCGGGCCAAACUGAGACGCUCCCUCACCGCCGACGACUCUCAGGUCAACUCGCCCUCCGCUCCCUACAGAGGCGUAACCGUGGCAACCGGCUCCCCAUCUUACUCCCCGCCCGACCAAUCACAGCCCUUCUCUUUCAACACCAGCACCAUCGACCAGCUGCAGCUCUCCCUGCUCACCGCCCCGCUCAGCUCCCCGCCGGCGAGCCCGGGCGCCAGCCAAUCGGCCUUCUUCCUGGACUACGAUUCCCAGAGUGCACCAGGGUGUGUCUCCUCUCUGGAGGCCUUCGAGGACUUUGGAGAGGCAGGAGGAGGACCAGAGGGAGAUGUUGAUUCUGAUAGUUCUCAUAGACGGCAUUACUGCUAA